AUGAUCGCCAUUGGCGGAGGAGGAUAUAUUCCAGCAAGAAUUCUAAGGUCCUUCCUCAAACAACCUGGCGGCGCGAACAUCCCCAUCCAAGCCAUCGGCUUAUCGCUGUACGAGAACCUAGGAAAAGACGACCAGAUUGAGCAGCUCGGAACGAAAGUUACGCGCACGCAAUGGCUCGAUCUCAGCUCACUGGAAAUGGCCAAUCUGAUAGGGAAAAAUGUGUUGAUUGUCGACGAGGUCGAUGACACGCGGACGACGUUGGAAUACGCUGUGCGGGAGUUGCAGAAAGAUGUACAACUAGCCCAACAGCAGUUGGGUAGAGAGGGAGAGACGACUACAUUCUCUGUGUUUGUGCUGCACAACAAAAACAAAGACAAGAAGGGUACACUGCCCGCCGACAUGAUGGAGAACGGACGAUACCUUGCUGCAGUCACCACUGGUGAUGUCUGGAUUUGCUAUCCAUGGGAGGCCAAAGAUAUUGACGAGCACGAUCACCUGGCGGCUCAACAUCCAUUGGCUUGA